AUGCAGCUUACGAAUGGAUUCACCAUGAGCAUGUUGGCCGUUCCCAUGGCCUCACGACUUCUCAACUUUGGGCCAUUCGCGAUACUAUCCACCCCCCCUCAACUGAAUGUCCUCUCCCCUCUCUAUUCCGCUGCCCUGGCCUUUGCCGACCACAGCACUGUACACGUGAAGGUUCCGCAGGAUGUCAUGUCCGAUUUACAACAGCACCUCCAACCACUUGCAUCGAGUGUUAAUCUCGAUGUCGCAGAUUUGCUGGUUGAAGCUGCCGCAGUGGUCGCAACCUACAACAUGGUCUCGCUUCUUGUCGACAGCACUGAACACACAAUCGAGCUGGCGCCCAACGUCAACAUUCAUGCCAUAACACUCGUCACCCACCCCAAUGCUCCUUGGAUUGCCUUCUCAAAUUCAUUGCUCACGGACGAGGGGAUGUGGGAAUGGAUUGUCCCACACAUAAUUGCACCGGCCGCGGCCCCGAAUUGGCCGUUCAAAGGCACCUACAACAUCCUCCUCCAUUCUCAACGGGUCAUGGCCAGUCAUCUGUUUCGGCAGCGCCGAAAGGUCAAAUGCGUCAUCGGUGUCUCGCAAGGGGGUGCUGCCGCUCUAGCCUUUGGUGCACUCUAUCCCACGCUCACAGAAGGCGUUAUUUCAUGUGAUACGGGGCCCAAAACUGCUCCAGGGAAUGCGGAAGCAUGGCAAGAACGUAUUGCCCUUGCAAAAACAAAAGGCAUCGAGGAGCUAGCUAGUGUGACUGUUGACCGCUGGUUCCCUUCUCCGUCCAAAUGUGGACAAGGAGAAGACGGCGUCGAUUUGCUGCACAGCGAUGUCAAAACCAAAGUGCUGCUUGUUGCCGGCGAGCUCGAUGGCGGGGGUAAAGUUGCAGCUGGAAUGAAAGGAUUGCGCGAAAAAUGGCUUGAAGCUACGCCAGCUGCCAAGGUCGACCGGCCGAGAUUGCCGGGCGCGGGUCAUCUUCCGAUGAUCGACGAAACAGAGAAAUACUGGGAAGUCGUGAGCGCAUUCCUGAAGGGGUUGUGA